AGUUCCCAGAAGUCUCUGCUGCGGAGUGUUUCCGGUCCCGACGUGCUUUGCGUCCCCUCUGACCCCAGUGAGAGAGACGUGGCGGAACCGAUAGCGGAGACAUGGAGCUGGAAGCAAUGACCCGAUACACAAGCCCGGUGAAUCCGGCAGUGUUCCCACAUCUAACAGUCGUGCUGCUUGCCAUCGGCAUGUUUUUCACAGCCUGGUUCUUUGUCUAUGAAGUGACUUCCACCAAAUACACACGAGAUGUAUACAAGGAGCUUCUUAUCUCAUUGGUAGCCUCUCUCUUCAUGGGAUUUGGGGUCCUUUUCCUGUUACUGUGGGUUGGGAUUUAUGUCUGACAAAUGAGAUACAUUUUUGUUUUUUCUUUUUACUGCUGCGUGUUCGAGGACCAGUACUGGCCGUGGAUAGUCAAAUCGGCUCAGUCAAUGCACUGUCAAUUCUGCAACGGAGAUUUCCAAAUUUAUGGUGAAUUACUCAAUGUUCACAAUAAAACACUUUACUACUU